AUUUUCUUUUUUAAAUUUAGUACUUUGAACUUUGGAGGAUGGAUCCAGAAUCUGAGAAGAAUGAAAUUCAUAAUUCAGCUUCAGAAGCGAAGAAUGAUGAGAACAAAUCUGCGAAGAAUGAAAACCAAAAAGAUGAAGGGAAAAAAGGCAAACGGAACAAAGUAACGAGUGAAGGAGCUGGAGAUAACAAUCAAACAGAGGCAGUGGAUGGAGUUGACAUCAAUUGCCUUUCAGUUCAAGACUUGAAACGAGCAAUGGAGGUAUUUUCACUAGCUCAAAGACCAGCUAGAACCCACGAAGAAGCCUUACAAAAGUCGUAUCAGUUUUGGAACACUCAACCCGUACCGAAAAUGGGUGAAGAAAUAACUGUGAAUGGCCCUAUUGAACCAGACAAGCCGAUUGAAUCUAUCAGACAAGAACCGUACUCUUUGCCUGAUGGAUUUAAUUGGGAUACAAUAGAUGUAAAUGAUGCUGCGGUUUUGAAAGAGUUAUAUACGUUGUUGAAUGAAAAUUAUGUCGAAGAUGAGGACGCCAUGUUUCGUUUUGAUUACCCUCCUGAUUUUCUCAAGUGGGCUUUACAGCCUCCUGGAUGGACUAAAGACUGGCACGUUGGUGUACGUGUAUCAAAAAGCAAUCGUUUAGUAGGCUUUAUUAGCGCGAUACCGGCCACUUUGUCAAUUUAUAAAGAGAAGCAGCGUGUUGUAGAAAUUAAUUUUCUGUGCGUGCAUAAGAAGUUACGUAGUAAACGAGUAGCUCCUGUGUUGAUUCGUGAGAUAACCAGAAGGGUUCAUCAAAAGGGUAUUUAUCAGGCUGUUUAUACGGCUGGCGUAAUUUUGCCGAAGCCAGUUGGAGAAUGCAGGUACUGGCAUCGUUCACUGAACCCUAAGAAAUUAAUCGAGGUAAAGUUUUCUCAUUUGAGCCGAAAUAUGACGAUGCAAAGAACAUUAAGAUUAUUCAAGUUACCAGAUAAACCAGAAAUACCUGGAUUUCGUAAACUAGUCAUUGAAGAUGUACCAAAAGCUCAUAAAUUAUUAGAAGAGUAUUUGAGUAAGUUUGAUCUAACACCUAUUUUUUCGGAAGAAGAAUUCAGACAUUGGUUUAUUCCUCGGCCUGGGAUCAUAGAUACGUAUGUUGUGGUGAACGGCGACGAAAUUACUGAUAUGGCGAGUUUUUAUACAUUGCCAUCAACUGUGAUGCAUCACCCGGUGCAUCGUUCCAUAAAGGCUGCGUAUUCGUACUAUAAUGUUGCGAAUAAGACGAAAUUAGUAGAUUUAAUGAGAAAUGCACUGAUUGCUGCCCGAAAUGAUGGAUUUGAUGUGUUCAACGCUUUAAAUCUAAUGGAAAACAAGGCCUUUUUAGAAGAGCUUAAAUUUGGUAUUGGUGAUGGAAACUUGCAAUAUUAUUUGUACAAUUGGAGGUGUCCGAAAAUCCCUCCAGAAAAAAUUGGAUUGGUUCUUCAAUGACAUUGGUUAUAGGAAUCGUUUCAAUCGUUUCAGGAAUCGAAGAAACGAAGACAAUAUAAAUUGUUAUGUUAAAUUUUUCACACGAUCACCGCUUGUAAUAGGUUUAAUUUUGGUUUCUUUUUUCCAAUUUGUAUUUUUCCUUAGCUGAUUCCGUGAAAAGUGCCUAAAAUUGAUAUAGCUCUAUCUAGUGAUAAGUGUUGAAAUUUGUUUUACUUUGAAAGUUUUUACAUUUUAAUUCGUUACACAAUGCAUUCUGUUUUAAUGCCUGUAUGAAUAUAUUCGGCGAGUAAAUUUUCAAACUAUUUAUUCAUAAAAAGUGAUUUUCCCCUUUCUUAAUCGACUUGUUUUAUUCUAAUUAUAAUUUAUUUAUUGUAACUUUUUUUGGAAUUGUUAUUUCUAUAAUUUUUUCAAAUCGAAAUAUACGUACGAUUUUUUUUCUUAGUUAAUGCUUGGCUGAAAUGGUGGUUAUAUUUAAGUAAACAUAAUGGAACUAUCGGUAUUAUGAGGUGCUGUUUUGUUGCACAUCAUUCCAUUUUAAUUUUACAUUGCAGAUUUCAAAACGUAAUGUACCUAUUUCGUGUUUAUGUUAAUUUUUUAAAAAGAUUUUAAUAUCUAAUUGGUUCUGAAUCAAGUUGAAAAUGUCAGUAAAAUGGUUUCUCGAGUGUAAA